ACCAGACCAGGUUUCCAGAACACUGACAUCAAUCAAGACAAUCUCCAAGUCAAAGUCAAGAUAUCCAGUCGGAACCACGGUCAGCCUAGUGCCGAUGGCGGAAAUCUCCGCAUGGUCCAAAUCCUAGACGUAACUUUUGUCAAAUCAUCCGACCGCACUCCCGCACCCCUCCCAGCACAGAGCCACCGCCCAGCUCUCCCGCCCACCCACUUCCCCGCCGCCCACAAUGUCAAAGUCCCCGAAGGAGUCCACACGCUUCACUGCGACGGGAGUGUGGGCGCACACAAGACCCGGCGGCCGCGCCACGACGCUGCAGUUCGCGGACCCGGCACCCAAGAAUGAAACGCCACAGCAGAAAGUCAAGCGGUUGAGGGAGGCGGCGAACCGGGCGAAGAUGGCGCAGGUCACAAAGUGGGAUUACAUGUAUCUGUACGGGAGAAUGGCUGCGGACGCGGCGCAUAGGUUUACGGUUUAUGGUCUCAUCUUUGCGACGGGCUGCGUCGGCGUUCUUGCCGUCUUCUCAAUUGGCGACAUGGUCGUCUACAACCGCCGGAAACGCGCAAUCUAUUUCGCUGAAGAGGAAAAGGCUCAAGCCAGAAUCCUCGAAAUCGCCCGAACCGCCGUCGUACAAGGGUCCGCCACGCCAGCGCAGGCCGCACUUGUCACAGGUAUUGCUGAGGAGGAGGAGCUCAUGGAGAAGAAGAAGGCUGAGCGGAAGAUACCCUCGAAGCUGCUCUGGUGGCUGCAUGGCGACUGGAAGGAAGACAAGGAGAUCGAGGCGCAGAGGAAGCUGGCUGUGGAGGAUCUCAGGCGGCAAGAGGCAGAUGCUAGUCGGAAUUCUGGCGUCACUGCUGCGGUGCAGGGUGCGAGGGCAAACACAUUACCAACACCCGUGGCCGGGGGUCCGCUUGACCAGGCUGCUGAGAAGGUCGUCCAGAACACAGAGAAGACAAGCAAGGGCUGGCUUGGGUGGAUGAUGGGCGGAUCCAAGAAGGAGUAGGAGAAGACGUCAUAAGAGGAGGGGUAUUAUGUUCGACGUCCGACCUGUACAAUGCUGUCUUACUACAUGUACGCAUCACGGAGUUGGGUGGCACGCUUAGAUGGGAGUCGAUGAUUCCGCUGGGUAUUCAAAGUUCAUGUUCACAAUUGCAUAUAUUUCCAUCCAUCUAUCUGCCCAGACCCCGCUAUCGAUCUCCUUGCCCAGACACGGGAA